AUGAGGUUAACAACAGACCUGAUCAACAACUCUCUAUCCUUCAUCAACUGUCUCACGGAGCGUGAACUCGAUCUACGAGGUCACAAGAUAUCUGCUAUUGAAAACAUGGGCGCAGCGCGAGACAACGACGCCAUAGACCUCACCGACAAUGACAUUGGUCAGCUUGGCAACUUUCCUCUUCAGCCCCGCCUCCGCACCCUGCUCCUCGCCCAAAACCGAGUUUCGAGCAUCCAACCAAGCCUCUCGUCUAGCAUACCGAACCUACGCACACUAGUUCUCACCAAGAACAGGAUCGCAGAGCUGGCAGAUCUCGAUCCCUUGGCUGGCUUCAAGUCUCUCACAUACUUGUCACUUAUGGGCAACCCGGUCACUAGCAAAGAGAACUACAGAUAUUGGAUCAUCUGGCGCUGCCCAAGUGUGAGGUUCCUUGACUUCACUAAGGUCCGCGAUGUUGAGCGGAGGAAGGCCCAGGAGUUGUUUGGAAGUGCAGACGAACCGACUGAACUUGCGAACCAGAUUUCGAGGAACAAAUCAAAAGGUUUCGUCGUUCCUACAUUCGCAAACGGGCCCGACUCGAGCAAAGAACGCAUCUACACCGACGACGAAAGAAAGAGGAUGCGCGCUGCUAUUCUCAACGCAAGCAGCCUGGCAGAGAUGGCGCAGCUGGAGAAGGAUUUUGCAGAAGGACGGAUUCCAGCGCACAUUCUUGAGGGUGGAGACCCAAUGGAGACGUAG